AUGUAUAACGCCCUCAGCCAGUAUCCCAAGGUUGGCCAAGAGCCCCAACAACCCUCGCACAGUGCCCGGCCUCAGCAAAUGUCAGAUAUCAAAGCCGGGACCUCCAACAGCAGCGGUAAACCUCUGCUGAUGGCCAGCAGUAACGUCUUCUCGAUAGGACCUUACAAAAAUCGCAAAGAUGCCAACAGAGUAUCAGUGGUGGAGAAAUACGAGAUCAUAGGCUACAUUGCAGCUGGCACUUACGGCAAAGUUUACAAAGCUCGCAAGAAAAGUCCUGUUAAAAACGGCACAGCUUCGUCACCUAGCGAUAGCGAGUCAUCGGUGCCAACGACAUCAAAUUUGCCACUGGGCGGCCACGAGGCCCUAGAUGUCAACUCAAUCAACAAAUCUACAAGAGUCCAGGACUGCAGCACUUCCCUUCCAUUUCAUAAUCAAGCUCAAGAGGGCCAUUCAGAUCAUAAAUCAGAUAUCGUACAGACACCUGGAAAUCCGGGAAAUCCAGGGCCUGUCAUCAUUGCAUCGCCGACCAAGAAGUCUCCAAUGCUGUUCGCUAUCAAAAAGUUCAAGACUGAACGGGAGGGUGUGGAACAGCUGCAUUACACCGGGAUCUCGCAAAGUGCUUGUCGAGAGAUGUCGUUGUGCCGAGAACUUCGAAAUAGACACCUUACAAACCUGGUAGAGAUCUUUUUAGAGCACAAAAGCAUCUAUAUGGUCUCUGAAUUUGCAGAACAUGACCUGCUCCAAAUCAUUCACUUCCACUCACACCCAGAGAAACGUCUUAUUCCGCCAAGAAUGCUAAAGUCCAUUGUAUGGCAGAUCCUCGAUGGCGUAUCGUAUCUGCAUCAGAACUGGAUUCUGCACAGAGACUUAAAACCUGCGAAUAUCAUGGUGACAGUCGAUGGUUGCGUCAAGAUUGGCGACUUGGGCUUGGCCAGAAAAUUCCACAAUAUGGUCCAGACGCUCUAUACAGGCGACAAAGUGGUGGUAACAAUUUGGUAUAGAGCACCGGAAUUGCUGCUGGGUGCGCGUCACUACACGCCGGCCAUUGACCUUUGGGCUGUAGGAUGCAUUUUCGCCGAGCUGAUAGGGUUGCGACCUAUCUUCAAGGGCGAAGAAGCUAAAAUGGACUCUAAGAAAAGCGUACCAUUCCAGGCGAACCAACUACAGCGUAUUUUGGAAGUGUUAGGGUCUCCGAACGAUAAGACAUGGCCAGACAUCUACAAAUAUCCAGAAUGCGAGCAGCUUGCCAAAUUCCCCCGCUAUAGAGACAACUUGCCAGUGUGGUACCAUUCUGCAGGUGGUCGGAACAAAGAAGCUCUAGACCUUUUAUAUCUACUGCUUCGAUAUGACCCAAUUUCAAGAAUUGAUGCUGUUGAUGCUCUCGAGCAUCCAUACUUCACCAACGAGGACCCUACAGUGUGCGAAAAUGUCUUUGAAGGACUCAAUUACAAGUACCCCCCAAGACGGAUUCAUACAAAUGAUAACGACAUAAUGAACGUCUCCAAUCCCAAGGCAAAACCAACUACUCUCAAUCCCCAGGCCUCUGCUUCCAAAGGCGCUGCCAAUGCAUCAUUGGGAGGGUUGGGAGUUAAUCGAAGAAUUCUUGCUGCUGCUGCGGCUGCUGCUGCAGCGGUAUCGGGAACAAACUCGUCUUCAAGGCCGGCGUCGUCAGGAAACGUUAACGGACCCGCACGAAAAAAGAGGAGGUGA